UUUUUCUUUUUCUUUUUUUCUUUUAGCUAUAAAAUGGACAAAGGAUGGCAUUGUUGAUACCAGACUACUAACUAAUUCCUUGACUAAUCUUGUUUGUUUCGUACAAUGGCUAAAAAGUUGGUGAAAUACUUUGUGGUAGAUGCUUUCACUAACACAGCAUUCAAAGGGAACCAAGCAGCUGUGUGCUUAUUGGAGGAAGACAAAGAUGACAAAUGGUUGCAAUCUGUUGCUGCGGAGUUCAAUAUCUCUGAAACUUGUUAUCUCACUCCGCUUACUGAAUCCACAAUGACAAAUCCUAGAUUUAGGAUUCGUUGGUUCACUCCAGUUGAUGAGGUCGAAAUAUGUGGACAUGCAACGCUAGCAGCUGCACACAUUCUAUUUGCCUAUGGCCUUGUUAAAUCUGAUACUGUUGAGUUUUUAUCAAGAUCGGGAAUUUUAAUUGCAAAAAGAGUACUAGAAACCAAAGCUUUAAAUUCUCAGGAUGAUUGGCAAAAAGAUUAUUCAAUUGAAUUGGAUUUUCCUGUUGUCCAAGUAGUUGAGACCAACUUUAAUGAUGUUCCUGCAAUUUCAAAAAGCUUGAAUGGUGCAUCCGUGGUUGAGAUCAAUGAGACAUUGAUGGGUGACCAUUUAAUUUUGCUCUCAUCAGGGGAGGCAGUGGCCAAAUGCCAACCUCAGAUCGAUCAAAUAAAAAAUUGCCCUGGCAGAGGAAUCAUCAUAACUGGACCUGCACCACAUGGUUCUGGUUUUGAUUUCUAUAGCCGUUUCUUCUGCCCAAAGUUGGGUAUCAAUGAGGAUCCUGUUUGUGGAAGUGCUCAUUGUGCCUUGGCUCCUUAUUGGUGCAAAAAGCUUGGCAAAUGUGACUUUGUCGCUUUAGCGGCAUCACCUAGAGGAGGUGUAGUGAAAGUGCAUCUAGACGAGGAGAAGCAGAGGGUAUUUCUGAGAGGGAAAGCUGUGGCAGUCAUGGAAGGUUCUCUUCUAGUUUAAUGUAGCAGUUGAAGUCCAUGAUCUCUAUUCAUCUGCCACAAUCACAAAACUUUAAUAAUAUGGUGAAAUGGAAGCAUGUGUCCAACUCUUUAAAGUCUUAAAUUGUUUUUUGGUUUGUACUUCAUUAUGACUUUUGGAGCAUUUUUCUGUUUUUGUAAGUCUAGUGUGUUUAAACAUCUAUUCUGUGCUUUGCUUUCAUUAAUAAAGUAACAUCUUCAGUUUGUCAA